UUCUUCCUGCUGGAUAUUUAUUUGUUAUUGUUGUAAAAAAGUGUUUUCCAAUCAGUUUUAACAGAAACAAUGUCAGGCAAAUCAUCUUUAGAUGCCAGUCUCAUUCCAGCUGACUGGGUUGGUCAACCUGGAGAUCCUAGAGGACAAAGACCAAGACAAGUACCAGCACCGGUACCAGUACCGGUACCCGUACCCCCUAUUUCAGCUGUGAUAACCAAAGCCGAGUUUGAUAGUAAAUACUACCAAAUAAAAUCAGGACUAGUUCUUGUACUCAACAACAAAGAAUUUCUUGUAGAAGGUGAAGAAUUAGGAGAUCGUACUGGCACAGAUAUAGAUGCUUCCACUAUAAGCCAAAGAUUUUCAGAGAUAGGAUUUGAAUAUGAACUGGAAACUGACUUAACUAAAUCUGCUACACUUGAGUGGUUUGAAAGGGUAAAGAGACAGUUAAUUAAGAAACCAGUAGAUUGCUUUGCAUUGGUGAUUUUGUCCCAUGGCACAGAGAAUGGUGUUUAUGCCACUGAUCAUUUUAUGAGAACUGAAGACAUUGUAGAAACCUUCAAUGCCACAAAUUGUCCACCACUGAGAUUUAAACCAAAAAUAGUAAUAAUACAGUCAUGCAGAGGAACAACCUUGAGUCGUGGGAUUAAUGUAGGACUUUUGGAUCCAAACCAAGCUGAUACCAUUGCAGACACCACUGAAUAUCAUCAAUGGUUGAUGGGGUUACCAGCAACAGUAACUAUUCGUCUUCCAAAUGAAGCUGAUUUUUUAUUUGCAUAUGCAGCAGUUCCAGGUAUGUAA